CGCAACCUGUGAGUUACCUAAUACAUAUUGAAAGUUAAAGUAAAAAGCACCUAUGAGGCCGCCAUUUGUAGACAACUGGAUCAUGAAGGAGAACAAUCUAUGUCUUUCUGUGAAAUAUGUUGAGCAACAGUAAACUGCCUUGGACUUUCAUCCGCCGUCAUUUCUGAGGAACCGAUGGAAAUCUCCUGACGGCCUGGGGAGAGUGAAGAAAAUAUGGAGGAAGACAGGCUAUUGGGAGCAGCAUCUCCUGCUCCAAGCCAACUCUCCUUGAGAAGUGACCAUUCCAUGUAUCGACCAAUCGGAUUUACAAAUGGUGAUCUCAGGCUUUUGGGAGCAGCAUCUCCUGCUCCAAGCCAACUCUCCUUGAGAAGUGACCAUUCCAUGUAUCGACCAAUCGGAUUUACAAAUGGUGAUCUCAGUGGUAAACAGGAGAGGGUGGGGUCACCGUGUCUGUCCAUGAAGAGUGAUUGGUCCAUGGACAGGCCCAUUAUGUUUGGAAAAGGUGCCAGUUGUAAUCAGGAGAGGGUGUGGUCACCGUGUCUGUCCAUGAAGAGUGAUUGGUCCAUGGACAGGCCCAUUAUGUUUGGAAAAGAUGACCGUGAGCUGACAGCCAGUCUACUGACAGAGGACCACUUCAGAUGUUCAGUGUGUACAGAGGUUCUCAAAGAGCCAGUCUCCAUCCCAUGUGGACACAGUUACUGCAGACAGUGCAUUGAGACCUACUGGAACCAGCCUGACCAGACAGGAGAGUACGACUGCCCCCAGUGCAGCAAGAGAUUCAGAACACGUCCUGACCUCCUCACUAACUCAGCCUUGGAGAAGGUGAUUGAGAAACUCCACCAGGCAAGGUUCAAGGUCCCUGCUCUUCCCAAGUACUGCUACGCUGGACCUGGAGAUGUGGCCUGUGAUCUCUGCACUGAGAAACAGCUCAAAGCUGUGAAGUCCUGUCUGACCUGCACUGCCUCCUACUGUGAGAGCCAUGUCAGACAUCACUACACCGUAGCAGCUCUGCAGAGACACACCCUGGUGGAGGUGACUGGAAACCUGGAGCAGAAACUGUGCCAGCUGCACCACAGAGCUCUGGAGGUCUUCUGUAAGACAGACCAGGUUUCUGUUUGUCUGGUGUGUGCCUUGCAGGACCACAGAAACCAUGAUGUCAUAAAGAAUGAGAGAGAUACUGAAGAGGAAACCACCAAAACUCAGGAGGAACAGAUUGCCUCCAGGCUGGAAGCUAGACUCCAGAGAGAGAUCACGAUUCUACAACAUAAUACAGAGGAGCUUCCUGCUGACAACUCUGAGCAGAACGUCAAGAACACUACCAUUGAGCUGAACAAUCCUGCCAAGCAUUUCUGCAGAGGUCUGACUGAAGACUGGACAUCAGACAGUGUUGUGGUGGCUGCCCUCGGUCGUCCCUUAGAUCUUGGGAUGUUGUAUGACUGCCGCAGUGACUCAUUUUGUUCAGAUGUCAGUCUUUGGGAUAACAGUACAAUAGCCUUCAUGCGUCAGUCUCUACCGCGGCCUCUCACAGAGGUGAAGUGUAUUGAAGGAGACUCCCUUCAGGACAGAUUCAGGGCUCUGGAUGUGACCACUCCUCUCAGAGCCAGUGUCCUGUCUGGACUGGUGGAGGUUGGUGGUGCUGCUGGAUACCUGAACCAUCCUGUUCAGUCCACACUGCAGGACCGGGUCACUCUACAGUACAGAACCACUACCAGACUGGACAUGCUCAGUCACAGGGUGCUUCAGGAGGAGACAGACAGAACACAACGAAAGGCAACUCAUGUGGUCAUGGCUGUCCUCUAUGGAGCUCAAGCAUUCUUUAUCUUUGACAGCAAACAGAUCAGCGGACAACACAGUGGUGCAGGAGAGGCGGAUAUGCACAAUGUUGUGAAGAGGAUGAUGCCCACCUUCAGUGCAGAUCAGAUCUUUUCCGGCUUGAGUGACGAUGAAAAACCAAACAGUUUGUUGUAUCAGUGUACUCUCUACAGUGAUGUAGACCAUAUCAAUGGCUCCAUGACGUGUGACAGAGCUCUGCAAGUCUAUGAAACUCUCCCGAAGCACCUUGGACAGCAAGGAGAGAAAGCAGUGCCUCUGUACGCAUGGCUCUAUCCUCUGAAGAAUCUGGGACAUUCAGUUGAAAUCAUGCUCCUAUUGUUCACCAAGGCAGAGUGUGUGCUGGACCAUCUGAGGCAGGCCACCAUGAGAUGCCAGGAGAUAAUGACAGACUCCACCAAUAGUUGUGUGAUGAAAUGGUUUCCUGAUCUGACGUAUAAACUGUCUAGAUUAUCAGAGCUUCUGCAGAAGUACUGGUCAGAGUUUAAGAGAGAGCUGUCCAUGGCAGUAAAGACCAUGAGAGAGAGUGAAGGGGUGGAUGAAAACCGACUGAGAGACAUUCUCCAGAACCAUGACCAGUCUCCGUUCUGUCCUCAGUCCGUACAACUGUGGCUAAACAACAAGGCAGCGGAGGUGAAGGCUCUGAAUGUCUGUAAAACAAGAAACAUCCCCAUAAUGAAAUCACAGGAAGAGCUGGACGGUGUCCUCAGAUCCUUAAAGGACAGGAUACUGUGUUUCACUCUGACCUCCCUGGAGGAUGAAGAUCCAUUCCUCUCCACCAUGGAGCAGCACAAACACUCUGUACCAGAGAACACAAUGAACCAAUCUGAUCUCACUGGACAGCAGGAGACACACUAUGUACAAGAGAACAUCGUGAACCAAUCUGAUCUCACUGGACAGCAGGAGAAACACUAUGUACAAGAGAACAUCGUGAACCAAUCUGAUCUCACUGGACAGCAGCACAAACACUCUGUACAAGAGAACACCGUGAACCAAUCUGAUCUCACUGGACAGCAGGAGACACAGCGACCGUUCAAACCUCCAGAUUUAACUCAGAAAUUUAAAUCUGACCUCCGCUUGUUCACCAAAUCCUAUGAAGACAGAAGAGAUGGAGAGAACAUCAAGUUCAUUGCAGCAGUUAUACCAGAUAUCAGUGCUCCUGGAUCCUCCAUUCGUCUGUAUCAACAAGGCAGUCUCAUCACCACCAACUUCCUGCUGGGAUUAAAACCUGAUCCAGUCCAGGUAGCAGAGAUAAAACAGAGCUGUGUCCUCCUGAAGUUUCCACAGUCAACCAUCAGAAGACCUGAGAGAUACAGAGUAGAGUACAGAGUCAUGACUACUGGUCUUAUCAAGGUUAGCAAACGGCCAUGGAAUGAGGUAGUGACCCUGGCUCCUGCAGAAACCUGUGUAGUGCCUGGUUUGAAACCGUUCACACUGUACCAGAUCAGGUACUCUGUUAUAGAACACUCUGGUAUGAGUGACUUCAGCAAGGUCAUUGAGGUCAAGACCCUGAGAUCCCCACCUGAACAUCUGUAUGUGAGCCGGCUGCUGAACAAAACAAAGGAAACCAUCAAAGUGACUUGGCUCCAGCCUGAGUGUAAUGAUGGUGCCUCUGUACUCCACUACAAAGUGGACUAUAAGGAGGCAGGACUGGAGGGCUGGUCUACCAUGGUAACAGAGGGACCUGAAUGUAAAUGCAUCAUAUCUCUGAACCUCAGUACCUGCUACAGAGUCAGAGUGUCAGCUGUCUAUGGAGAAGGAGACACCAGUGAAACCAGCAGAGAGACAGAUGUCCCAGUCAAUGUCUGGUACAUAGACCUCUCAGAGAGAAAGGCCUCCAUCCUCCUAGAAGUGCUGAAACUCCAACCAGAGAAGAAACCAGUAGAGCUGAAGGGCUGGUCAGAUGAAGAGAGUGAAGUGAGGAGUUUCCUUCAGUGUCUGUCCUACAUCUCACAGCUGAGAUUCUAUCCAGACUGGUCUGAUCCCUCAAAGCAGAUCAAGUUCCUGGUGGAUCUCCUGUCUCAAGCAGCAGAGUGGGAGGAGCAGACAGGAGAGAAGACACUGAAGCUGGUAUCAUCAGUGUGGACUUACAACACUUUCCCCUUCUGUGACUCGUAUUAUGAUGAUGAUGAGAUCAAGGAAUAUCAAUGUGAUUUCCUGCUGGAUCUGUACUCACAUGUGAAGGACUAUCAGACUCAAAAAGGCAGGAGUGUCCUUCCAGCAUUACAGCCAGUUUACCAGUCAGCCAGUCCUGCAGUCUGGUCCAUAGACCUCUCAGAGAGAAAGGCCUCCCUCCUCCUAGAAGUGCUGAAACUCCAACCAGAGAAGAAACCAGUAGAGCUGAAGGGCUGGUCAGAUGUAGAGAGUGAAGUGAGGAGUUUCCUUCAGUGUCUGUCCUACAUCUCACAGCUGAGCUGUGAUGAUGACAGGUUCUUCCAGACUGUGUGUGAAUCCAUCCCUGUGAGGUCCAGAGAGGAGGACCAGCAGUUGGCCUCUCUCCUCCAGGCCUUGGGCUCCACCCUGUCACUGGGAGGAGAGUUACCCAGGAAAACCUGCAGGUCUGUGGGGAGAGUCCUGGGUCUCUGUGCCUCCAGAGUGGACCUCACUCUCACCCCCAGCAAGAUCUCUCUCCAAGGAGCCUUACUUCUUUUGAGACAUGAGUCAAAGCUGCACAAGCUCAGGCUGAAUGUGGGUAUGGCAGUGAAACUGUCCAGACUGGUUAUGAGGACAGAGAGAGGUGCUCCUCCACUGACUGUCCCAGAACUCUCCCUGGUCCUAAAGAGCAGCCAGCCACCAGAGAGAGUGUUAUCCAGGGCUCUGAGUAGUGUGGCGUCCCUGCUGAGACUCUGGAGGGUUCAGUGUCUGGACCUGACUGAUUUCUGGAUCCAGGGUCACUCUCUCAUCACACUGCUGUGUCACCAGGGACCUCUCUCUCUCAGACUGAACUCAGACACUCUGCAGCAGCUGACUGUAGUUGUGUAUGAAGCUCAGGACAAGGACUUGACUCAGUGGUUCCUGGAGAAGGUUGGUGGAGACCUGACCUCCUGCAGGCUGGACUGGGAAGUGCUUCUCUCUCUGCUGCAGCAUUCAACCCACAACAUCACUGUGGACCUCAGGAAGAACCGGCUUCUAGAGAAGAACAUCUCAGAUCUUCUCCCCUUUCUGGGAAGAGUUACUCUCAAGAGGUCCAGUUCCAGCUUUGUAAAGUCCUCCAUCACACAGAUCUAUGACAGUAGAGCCAGUGACUGUGUGUCCAGUUUGUUGAGGUCUUCAGACCAUUGGAUCAACCUGAACAGCAGAGAGCUGGACAGAGUGGACUGUACUGCUCUGUGUUUUACCCUGCAGCACAGCCUCCAAGUCAAAGUCAACCUGCUGUGGACCUCCAUACCACCGGGGAGAUAGAGAGCAUCCUG